AUGCGAGCGAGGGGGGGGGGGAGCUGUUGUCAUCUGGCCCGGCGGUGGUGUGACGACCCUUUUGUCCAGGGGAAAUGGCUGGGAUUAAAGCUCUCAUCACGCUGUCCUUCGGAGGGGCCAUCGGCCUCAUGUUCCUCAUGCUGGGAUGCGCCCUCCCCGUCUAUGAUAAAUACUGGCCGCUGUUCCUCCUCUUCUUCUACAUCCUCUCGCCCAUCCCGUACUGCAUCUCACGGCGGGUGGUGGAUGACACCGACUCGGCCAGCAACGCCUGUAAAGAGCUGGCCAUCUUCCUCACGACGGGCAUCGUCAUCUCAGCCUUCGGCCUGCCCGUCGUCUUCGCACGAGCUGAAGUCAUUGCUUGGGGGGCGUGUGCGCUCGUUUUGACGGGCAACAUUGUCAUCUUUGGGACCAUCCUGGGCUUCUUCCUAGUCUUCGGAUCCAACGACGACUUUAGCUGGCAGCAGUGGUAAACCAGCAGAGGGAUGGGAUCUCAACUGUUUUUAUUAUUGUUGAUAUUAUUAUUAUUAUUAUUAUUAGCACACUAUUAAUGGUUUUAUCAUUUGGUCCUUGUUAUUAUUAUUUUUAGUAAAGUCACUCCGAAGCCGGGCAAUACUUUUUGUUUCAGACUGGCCUGCUUCACAUUGAACUGACAUGAGUUGUUUUUGGGGGUUUUUUCCCCCCCGGCUCAUUUUUUGGGAAUUCUUGUCCGACAUCUUCCGUUUCCUAUGUUAUGAUAUUUGAGUGUUUGGAGCCAAACUGCCAUCGACUGCUGUGUAAGCUAUGAAUAAGGACAUUACCUGAAUGUCUAAGAAGACCUGCAUGACAAUGUCAGUUUAUUUUUGUAUUAUUUCAAUUGCAUUUGCUCCAGUCCACUAGGUGGCAGGGAGUAAAUUCCCUCUUUGGUGAUUUGCCAACUGCUAACACACGUUCAAUCAUUGGCACAAGGCGGAAAGAAGCAAGGGUUGGAAUUGCAGAAUAUCUUGAAAAACAAUAUUGCAAUAUUUUUCUGUACAGCAACUUACACAGUAAUCAAUGUAUUGGAAAACAAUAUCUGAAAUAUUGAUAUGUCCAAUAAUUUUUUUUGGGGAGCAAGAAGUAAAUUAAUCCUAAAAACCCACAUGUAUGUUCAUUUUAAAAAAAUGUUUACGCAGACUUGCACUGCUGUGAGUCUAUAGCCACCGUCCACUAAAAAAAGCAUACGUCACCAAAUAUUUAUUUACUUUUUUUUUUUUUAUGACCUGAACACGAAAAUGUAUAUUUGUUGUUGUUUUUCUCUUAGUUAAUUUAAAAACAAAUUGGAGUUAUUGUACAUGUCUUCAUUGGACAGUGAGUUUAUCGGCUUUUAAUAAUGUCUAGCAAGUCUAACCAUGUCACUAAAGCACCAACAUUUUACAUUUAAAUUGGUGUAAUUCGGAUUUUAAUGGCGCUUUUUAAGUACUUGACCUACACGCAUCAAUCAGCUUCAGCUCAGCAGAUAUGAAUUGAUAUUAUCAACUUUUAGCUCAAAAUAUUCCACUCAUUAACCUAUGAGACACCCUUCAGAAAUGUUCACCGAGGUGCGUCCAUACUGCAAAUGAAUGACGAUUUAUUUAGUCAAUUAAAAAAAUCUAUUUUAAUAAUAUGUACCCUUUAAGGUAUUAUCAGUAUCUGAUGCCGGUGUAUCGAAACUGUAUUGUGAAAGAUCAGAAUAUAUCGCAAUAUCGAUAUUUUGUUCCACUCUUGCUCUGCAAGCUUUUAAUCAAAAAUGGCGUGCCAUAUCAUUACAGGUUGUUUUCUGUUGUGUUGCCCUGAACAUUCAUUGUCAAUAAUAUAACUCCCGACCGUCGAGUCAUAUGACUUUAAUUUUUUUUGUCACCCUGACAUCAUCACCUCAGUGAAGGCAUUGAUUGUAAGAAGAAGCUCUGGAAUGAAGGCAGCUCUGUGAAAAACUACUGACAUAAUUUGUGUGUUUUGUUCCGUAACACUAAUGCUUUGACGUCGGUCAGAACGCCAUGAAUAUGAGACGAAGCCACUGUUGGUGAUCUAAAAAACAAACAAACAAACAAAAAAAAGAGUGAAAGAAAAAACUAAGAAUUUCUUGUCUAAUGUUUCCGACAUGGUCUGACUGUGCGUAGCUGUAGCUUGGGCAUCUCUCUCUGUCUGUUACUGUUAUUAGCAUUUUGCUCCCACACUGGCAGUCAUGUCAUAUUUAUUUUAUUUUAUUUAAUAGAACAGCUCAUGUUCGAUGCAAUUAUUCUAUGGCUGAAGACAGCAUGGCGAGUCAUUGUUUUUAAAUAAAUUCAAUUUUGGGACAUUC